ACGAGCGGGGCGGGCUCCGCGGCAGAGUCGGCGGCGGCUGCGGAGGGGAGCGGACGUGCGCUGAGCGGACUCCGCGAGCAGCAGCCCGAGCCGGAGCCGGAGCCGGAGCGGCCACAGGAGGAAGGCCAGGCGGCAGGACAGCGGCGUGUCGGGAGCCCCGGGCAGCGGCGGCGGACGACGACAUGGCCGGGGGACCGUGGAGCGCACGCAGGGCGCUGGCGGCCGCGCUCCUGGCCGCCUCGGUGCUCAGCGCCGCGCUGCUGGCCCGCGGGGAGCUCCCGGGCCCGGACACGCAGGAGCCAGAGCGGCAGCAGCAGCUGCAGGAGCAGCAGCCUCGGGAUGUAAACAAAAGAAAGUUCCCUGAGUUGAAGAUGGAUCAGGCAUUAUUAAUUAUCCACUAUGAACUUCAUCAUGGAGAUGGAGAUUUGAAUGUCUACUGGCUUUCCGACCACUGUUAUCAAUGCUUGUAUCAGUUUCUGGUGUCCGUUCCAGUGCGUCUUGGACACCCUAGCAUUGCAGCAGUAGCAGUGAGCACUCAGCACCCUGUCACCCUGCUUCUAAAUGAUACCUUGGAAAAGAAAGAGAUUUGCCGGAUACAUUAUGCUUUUGGAGAAUUUGGAAACUAUUCUCUCAGAGUAAACCAGAUGUCCUGUGACAUAAUCAUCAAUGAAAAUCCAGUCAACAGCAACUUUCCUAUCUACAUUGCAUUCCUUAUUUACAUAGCAAUCAUCAUUUCCUCAUCCGUAGGAAAUUUCUUUGUGAAACUUGAUCCUGUUCGGAAUUGGCUGUAUAAAAAAAUGAAUCCCAGAGAAACUGAUCGUCUCAUUAAUUCUGAGCUGGGAUCUCCAACCAGAGCAGAGUCUUAUAGUAGUGACCUGCAAGUUGAAGCAUGGAGACUGACCCCUCCAGUGUAUCGCCUUCGCUCUCUAGAUACAUUUAGAGGGAUUGCUCUCAUCAUCAUGGUUUUCGUGAAUUAUGGAGGAGGAAAAUACUGGUUCUUCAAACAUGAGAGCUGGAAUGGUUUGACUCUAGCAGACCUGGUGUUUCCAUGGUUUGUGUUUAUUAUGGGUUCUUCCAUUGCCCUCUCCCUGAGCUCCAUGCUGCGACGAGGAUGUUCCAAAUGGAAGCUGCUGGGAAAAAUCCUGUGGAGGAGUCUUCUACUCUGUGUGAUUGGAAUCUUCAUUGUGAAUCCUAAUUAUUGCCUUGGCCCCUUGUCCUGGGAUAAGCUGCGCAUCCCUGGUGUGCUUCAGCGUUUGGGAUUGACCUACCUUGUGGUUGCAGUUCUAGAGCUUCUGUUUGCCAAAGCCGUACCCGAAAACAGUGCUAUGGAUAUUAUCUCUUACUGGCCGCAGUGGAUUUUCAUUCUGAUGUUGGAAGCCACUUGGGUGUGUGUGACCUUCUUGUUACCUGUUCCUGGCUGCCCAACUGGUUAUCUUGGUCCUGGUGGUAUUGGAGACUUUGGAAAAUACCCAAAUUGUACUGGAGGAGCUGCUGGCUACAUCGAUCGUUUGCUUCUGGGAGAAGACCACAUUUACCAGCAUCCCUCUCCCAAUGUGCUCUACCACACCAAAAUGGCUUAUGAUCCUGAAGGACUCUUGGGAACUAUCAACUCAAUUGUGAUGGCAUUUUUAGGAGUGCAGGCUGGAAAAAUCCUCUUGUUUUACAAAGACCAACCCAAGCAGAUCAUGCUGCGUUUCCUUUUGUGGAGUGCCAUGUUGGGUAUUAUUUCAGGUGUUUUGACCAAAUUUUCUCAAAAUGAAGGCUUCAUCCCAGUAAAUAAAAAUCUCUGGUCCAUCUCCUAUGUGACAACUCUGAGUUUCUUUGCUUUCCUUCUGCUCCUGUUUAUGUAUUUCUUGGUGGAUGUUGCAAGACUGUGGUCUGGAGCUCCCUUCUUUUACCCAGGAAUGAACUCCAUCCUGGUGUAUGUUGGGCAUGAGGUCUUUGAGAACUACUUCCCUUUCCAGUGGAAGAUGGAGGACCACCAGUCUCAUAAGGAACACUUGACUCAGAACCUGGUUGCCACUUCCCUCUGGGUGGUCAUUGCUUAUGUGCUCUACCGAAAAAGGAUUUUCUGGAAAAUCUGAUUUCAUUGAACUGAUUCUGGAGGGGCCCAGGGAGAUCAGUGAAGCAAAUAGACUGUCAUCUGUAUUAGUGAGAAAAGUGGAUGGGCUUUGGAAUGUUGGGUUAUGGGAACAUGAAAUCCUCUUUUAAUGUGCAUAAAUUAGAUGCUAUAGUCCUGUGAACUGGUUUAAUCCCAUACAUAGCUCAUCAGAAACCCUGUCUUCUGUAUAUUUGUAAAUCAUGUGUUUGUAAUGUAACUGACCAUGGUAGUUUUUCUCCUUUAUUCUGUGUAAAUAGAUGUGUUUAGGGGCAGCUAGGUCACACAGUGGAUAGAGCACCAGCUCUGGAGUCAGGAGAACUGGAUUCAAAUCUGGCCUCAGGCACUUGCUAGCUGUGUGACCUUGGGCAAGCCACUUAACCCCAAUUGCCUCAACAACAAAAAAAAAAAAUUGUGUUUGACAGUUUUAAUUCCCUUUUGAUGAGGUCUCAUCAAAAAGGGAAUUAUUGCAGGCCUUUUUGCUUUCAAGUUUGAUAAAAAAAACAAUUGAAGACCUGAUUCUUAUUUCAUUUUCCUAUAAAAUGACCGUUUUAGAGCUUAUAUACCCCGCUUAUGAAGAGCAGCCUUAUUUCUCUUGUGAACUGUAAAAGUUAUUGAAUGUGUUUUUGUGCUGAUAUGCUCUGCUUUAUUUAAAAAUCCCAGCUUUUCUGCUGUGUGAUUCCUUCUAAGUGAGUUCCAAGAAAGCCUACCUUUCUAAGUGCCCUUUUCAGAUCUGCCAGGCGCUUGCUGUGUGACACAUGUUUCUGUUCCCUGAUGCUUCUUGAAAAAAAAAUGCCUCUUUCUGCCAAAAGAUUUUUUCUGUUUCUACUUUUUUUUUUUUUAAAAGAUAUCAUGUAUUGAACUUCUUUUCUCACCAGUAUUGUGUAGCUAUCUAGAAUUUACCUAUCGUUUUUCUGAAAUUCUCAGUAAAAGUGUAUUUUAUUAUGGAAAAAUUCCAAUUAAAUUGUUUGAGCAGCA